UUUAUUUGCUUAAUUAUGUCUUCUAUAACAGGUGAUAUCGUUGGCCGGAGACCAAGAGGCCGGCCACCGGGGUCGAAAAACAAGCCAAAACCACCAGUAAUAAUCACUAGAGAAAGUGCAAACACAUUGAGAGCACAUAUAUUAGAGAUUGGAAAUGGUUGUGAUGUAUUUGAGUGUAUAUCAACUUAUGCUAGGAGAAGACAAAGAGGAAUUUGUAUACUAAGUGGUAGUGGAACAGUAACAAAUGUUACCAUAAGACAACCUGCUGCUGCUGGUUCUGUAGUAACAUUGCAUGGAAGAUUUGAGAUUCUUUCCCUUUCUGGCUCAUUCUUGCCUCCACCCGCGCCACCAGGUGCGACGAGUCUGACGAUUUUCCUGGCUGGCGGACAAGGGCAAGUUGUUGGAGGAAGUGUGGUAGGGGAAUUAAUUGCUUCAGGACAAGUAAUUGUUAUAGCUUCAUCAUUUACAAAUGUUGCUUAUGAGAGAUUGCCAUUAGAGGAAGAUGAAGGACUUCAAAAUCAACAAGUAUCCCAAGUUUCAAGUGGCAAUAAUAAUAAUGGUACUAAUAAUGGUGGUGGUGGUAACAAUAAUAAUAGCCAAUUUCAUGACCCUUCAUCUGGAUUUCCCUUCUUUAAUCUUCCUUUGAAUAUGCCUAAUGGACAAUUACCAUUUGGAGUCUAAAAGGCUAUGCUGUUCAGACUCUUCAAAAAUGUCAUCGGGUGCGUGUCAGAUCCUUCAAAAGUAGUGUAAUUUUGGACGAUCCGACACGGGGUGCGAAAACGUUUCUGGAGAGUCCGAGCAACUUAGCUAAAAGGUACAUAUUCUUGAAGGUUAGAGUUAUGUAAUCUUUGUGCAUCAUGGCGUUCGAUCACUUAAUCUUCGAGAAGUAGUUUUGUUGUCUUAUGUAUGUAGUAAGUGGGCAUUAUGAUGUUCGAUCACUAUAUCUACGAGAAGUAAGUGGUACAUUUGACUUCUGUAAUCUGUGUGCAUCAUGGCGUUCGGUCACUUCAUCUUCGAGAAGUAGUUGUGUUGACUACUUAUAUAAUAUGUGUGCAUCAUGAUGUUCAAUCUCUAUAUCUAUGAGAAGUAAGUGGUAAAUUGACUUCUGUAAUCUGUGUGCAUCAUGGCGUUCAAUCACUUCAUCUUCGAGAAGUAGUUGUGUUGACUACUUAUGUAAUAAGUGUGCAUCAUGAUGUUCGAUCACUAUAUCUACGAGAAGUAAGCAGUACAUUGACUUUUGUAAUCUGUGUGCAUCAUGGUGUUCGAUCACUAUAUCUUCGAUAAGCUGAAGUUGCGCGAAAUGUUGACAUUGAAGGGGGAUUCUUGAACCCUAUAAAGGUUAAAAUUGUUAAUGUACCAUGUUUGUCAUAGUGAUGAAUUUAGUGAUUGUUGGAUUUUCUCCAUUUUUUUUUUGUGGGAUUUUUUGUAUUUUUUUCUUCUUCUUGUUUUGUUCUUUCUUAGUUUUGUAACUCUAUGGAAUUAUGAAAAUAGUGAUGAUCUUCUACUCAA